AUUUCCACAAGGGCCUGAAGACAGACCGCCCUCCCGAGAGGAAGAUGGAGGAGGCUCACGCCGACGCGCGGGAACACGAGAGGAUAGCCCGUGACCAGUGGGCUGAGCGGGAGCGCGAGAUGGAGCGGCGUGAACGGACCCGCUCUGAGCGGGAGUGGGACCGCGACAAGAUCAAGGAGUACGAGAGCAAGGAGGGUGGGAAGGUCCGCUCCCGUUCCCGCUCUCGGGAACGCCGCAGGAAGGAGCGCGCCAAGUCCAAGGAGAAGAGGAACGAGAAAAAAGAGAAAGCGCCGGAGGAGCCUCCUGCGAAACUGUUGGACGACUUGUUCCGUAAGACCAAGGCAGCCCCGUGUAUAUACUGGCUCCCCCUGACCGUCGAACAGAUCGUACAGAAGGAGCUGGAGAGAGCGGACCGUGCCCGGGAACGGGAGAGGAGGCGCAAGGAGCAGGAGGAGGAAGAGGAACGCAAGCGCGAGGAGCAACGCAAGGAACGUGCCAAGGAGCGGGAGAAGGAGGCGGAACGCAGCCGGGAGCUGGAGCGCGAACGCAAGAGAGACCACAGCCGGGAGAGGGAGCGUGACCGGGACAGGGACAGGGGCCGGGAGAGGGACAGGGACAGGGAGAGGGAGAGGCGGGACGGCAAGCACCGCAGCCACAGCAGCACCUCCAACCGGGAGCGGGGCAGGCGCUGACCGGGCCAGGGAGACCGGAGUGGGGGAGAGAGAGAC